AUGGACUUUUCAGUCUACAGAAAUGGAAGCGGAAAAAGAGAUUCUGAAAGAGUAACACUUGAAGCUGAUGCAAAUAGAGGGGCUUCUUCAAGGGAAAGUGACAAUGAAGAAAAUAGUAUGGACAAGAAAGAACUCAGUCUCACUAAAGAAAAGCAGACUUUUCUUGAAGAAAGCUUUAAAGAACAAAGCACUCUCAACCCACUAUUCUUUGGGGGCAUUGAGAACUGUCCCAAACCAAGAAAUGUACGUCUAGAAGUUGUUGUUGGGAACAUUGAGCUGGCUUUAGGAGCUCAUCCGACAAUUAAUGGACCGGUGAAAAAGUUAUCAGUAUACGGAGAUUUUAGCUCUUCUUCGAGGCGAAUAACAGAGGCCUAUCACAGGACAGGUGUGAAUCUUGUACACCUUCCGAAUGGGAGGAAGGAUGCUGCCGACAAGGCGAUUUUGGUUGACAUGUUUCUAUUGCACUGGAUUAUCGCAGGCCUGCAACAAUUUUACUUGUCUCAGGAGACAUUGAUUUUGCGCGUGCUCUUCAUACUUUACGUCAUCAGGGAUACACAAUAA